AUGGACAAGCCCACGAACAUCCGUAACAUGUCCGUCAUUGCACACGUCGAUCACGGAAAGUCUACCCUCACCGACUCCCUCGUCUCAAAAGCUGGUAUCAUUGCUGCAGCAAAAGCUGGUGACAUGCGAUUUACGGACACACGAGACGAUGAAAAGGAGCGUGGUAUCACGAUUAAAUCGACAGCCAUCUCUAUGUACUUCGAAAUGGAGAAGGAAGAUGUUGAACUUAUCCAGCAGAAGACUGAAGGCAACGAGUUCUUGAUCAACUUGAUCGACUCACCAGGUCACGUCGACUUCUCAUCAGAAGUCACAGCUGCUCUUCGUGUCACUGACGGUGCUCUCGUCGUCGUCGACUGUAUCGAAGGUGUCUGCGUGCAGACAGAGACAGUGCUUCGUCAAGCACUCACGGAGCGUAUUAAACCCGUCGUUAUCAUCAACAAGGUCGACCGUGCUUUACUUGAGCUUCAAGUUUCGAAAGAGGACUUGUAUCAAUCGUUCCAGCGUACCAUCGAGACGGUCAAUGUCAUCGUUUCGACUUACCAUGAUGCUGCCCUUGGUGACGUCCAGGUCUACCCAGACAAGGGUACCGUUGCUUUCGGUUCAGGUCUCCAUGGGUGGGCUUUCGGCCUCCGCCAGUUCGCUGGUCGCUACUCCAAAAAGUUUGGUGUGCCUAAAGACAAGCUUUUGGCUAAGCUUUGGGGUGAUAACUACUUCAACCCUGCCACUCGCAAGUGGGGUACGAAGAACUCCGAUGCCGAUGGCAAACCCCUUGAACGGUCUUUCAACAUGUUCGUCCUUGAGCCCAUCUUCAAGAUUUUCGACGCCGUCAUGAAUUUCAAGAAGGACCAAAUCGGUCCCAUUUGCGAGAAGCUCGAUGUCAAGCUGACAUCUGAGGAGCAUGAUCUCGAGGGCAAGGCUCUCCUCAAGGUCGUCAUGCGCAAGUUCUUGCCCGCUGGUGACUCACUCUUGGAGAUGAUCAUCAUCAACCUUCCUUCCCCCGCAACUGCUCAACGCUACCGUGUUGAGACUCUCUACGAAGGUCCGAUGGAUGACGAGUCUGCCAUUGGUAUCAGGGACUGUGACCCCAAGGCCCCCCUUGUGCUCUACGUCUCGAAGAUGGUGCCCACUUCAGAUAAGGGACGCUUCUACGCUUUCGGUCGUGUGUUCUCCGGUACCGUUCGUUCUGGCCCCAAGGUCCGUAUCCAGGGCCCCAACUUCGUGCCUGGAAAGAAGGAAGACAUGUUCCUCAAGUCAGUUCAGCGCACGGUGCUCAUGAUGGGUCGUUACAUCGAACCAAUUGAAGAUUGUCCUGCCGGUAACAUCUGUGGUCUCGUCGGUAUUGACCAGUUCUUGCUCAAGAGCGGAACUCUCACGACCUCUGAGACUGCACACAACAUGAGGGUCAUGAAGUUCUCCGUGUCCCCUGUCGUGCGGGUCGCUGUUGAGGUCAAGAACGCUGCAGAUUUGCCCAAGCUUGUCGAAGGGCUCAAGCGUCUGUCGAAGUCUGACCCCUGUGUCCAGGCUUGGAUCGAUGAGACCGGUGAGCACAUUGUCGCUGGUGCCGGUGAGCUGCACUUGGAAAUCUGCUUGAAGGAUCUCCAAGAAGACCACGCUGGCGUUCCUCUCAAGAUAUCUGACCCUGUCGUGGGCUACCGUGAGACUGUCAAGGCUGAGUCCUCGAUUGUGGCCUUGUCCAAGUCGCAGAAUAAGCACAACCGUCUCUACGCCAAGGCAAUGCCUCUCGAUGAGGACCUCACCAAAGCUAUUGAGGCUGGUACCGUUAACUCCCGUGACGAUUACAAAGCCCGUGCUCGUAUCCUCGCUGAUGACUUCUCUUGGGAUGUCACCGAUGCAAGGAAGAUCUGGUGUUUCGGUCCAGAUACCACUGGCCCCAACUUGCUCGUUGAUGUCACCAAGGGUGUGCAGUACCUCAACGAAAUCAAGGACUCUUGCGUCGCUGCCUUCCAGUGGGCAACAAAGGAGGGUGUCUGCGCUGAGGAGAACAUGCGUGGUAUCCGCUUCAACAUUCUUGAUGUCACUCUGCACGCUGAUGCUAUCCAUCGUGGCGGUGGACAACUCAUUCCUACGUGCCGUCGCGUCUGCUACGCAGCAUGUUUGCUUGCUACCCCUGGUCUCCAGGAGCCGGUGUACCUCGUUGAGAUCCAGUGUCCUGAGAAUGCCAUCGGUGGUAUUUACAGCGUGUUGAACAGGCGUCGUGGCCAGGUCUUCAGCGAAGAGCAGAGGCCAGGAACUCCCAUGUUCACCGUCAAGGCGUACCUCCCCGUCAUGGAGUCCUUCGGCUUCAACAGUGAUCUCCGCUCACAAACAGCUGGCCAAGCCUUCCCCCAGAGUGUGUUCGACCACUGGGAAAUCAUGAACGGAUCUCCUCUCGACAAGGGCAGCAAGCUGGAAGAGCUCGUUAGGGGCAUUCGUGUGCGCAAGGGUCUCAAGCCCGAAAUUCCAGCUGUCGACCACUACUACGACAAGCUGUAA